ACGGACUCGGCGGGGACCCGGCCGGGCGAUGGACGCGCGAGGCUGCGUGGCCGCCUGGGGGGACAUGGUGGCGCGGAACCUGCGGUGAGUGCACUCGGGCUCCAGGGGUCCCCUGAGCUCCACCAGCCCCGGGACCUCGGCCCCACCCCACCCGCAGGCCGGUGUCCCUUUGCAGCUCCUUACAGAGAUGCCAGGAAGACGGCUCGGGUUCCUACCAACCUCUGUCUGCGUGACCAUCUCACUACCAGGCCGAUGGAUUUCAAAAACACUAGUAAUCGUGGCGGUAAUAAUGGUAGUCUUAGAUGGCUUCCUGUUCGGUGGAGGCCUAUCUGUGCAGAUGGAGCAGGAUGGGAAGGCCAGCCCGUGCGAAGCCUCCGGCAGAUCUAUUCCACACUCCUCUUCAACACUCAGAAGAAAAAUUGCCACUCUGUACGACAAUUUUACUUGUAAAUCAUUAAAAGAACACAUUUUCCCUCCUCUGAUGGAGAUGUUCAUUUUUUUAAAUUUUUUCAAAGCACCGUUUCUCGUGGAUUUAAAGAAACCGGAGGUAAAGAUCCCUCACACAGUGAACUUCUACCUCCGAGUUGAACCCGGGGUGACUCUGGGAAUCUGGCACACGGUCCCCAGCUGCCGGGGGGAAGACGCCAAGGGGAAGGACCGUUCCUGGUACGAGGCGGCCCUUCGCGACGGCAACCCGAUCAUCGUGUAUCUUCACGGCAGUGCGGAGAACAGGGCAGCUCCUCACAGAAUCAAGCUGGUGAAGGUGCUGAGUGAUGGCGGCUUCCACGUCUUGUCUGUGGACUACAGAGGGUUCGGGGACUCCACCGGGAAGCCCACUGAGGAGGGACUGACGGCUGACGCGCUCUUCGUCUACGAGUGGACCAAGGCGAGAAGUGGCACUACCCCCGUGUGUCUCUGGGGCCACUCUCUGGGAACAGGGGUUGCAACAAAUGCUGCCAGAGUGCUGGAAGAGAGAGGAUCCCCAGCUGAUGCUAUUAUCCUGGAAGCUCCAUUUACCAACAUAUGGGUUGCAAGUAUCAAUUAUCCCUUGUUAAAGAUUUACCGGAAGCUUCCAGGGUUUUUACGCACGCUUAUGGAUGCCCUGAGAAAAGACAAAAUAGUCUUCCCUAAUGAUGAAAAUGUUAAAUUCCUGUCUUCUCCUCUUCUCAUCCUUCACGGUGAGGAUGACAGGACAGUGCCUUUGGAGAUUGGAAAACAGCUCUACGAAAUCGCACACAGUGCAUACAGGAAGAAAGAGAGGGUCAAGAUGGUGGUCUUUCCUCCUGGCUUCCACCACAACUUGCUUUGUGAAAGCCCCACACUGUUAAAAACCGUGAGGGAUUUCCUGAGCGAGCAGUGGGCCUGAGGUCUGAGAGCUGCGGAAAUCUUCAGCGAAGACUUGGUCCAAACCCACCUGGGAUGCGUCUGUUUAUCUAAAACUGUACCAGGCUGCUUGGAUGAGCUGAAGUCGUUGACAUUUCUACAAGUUACCCGCCAUUUUAGUAAGGGAAAG